AUGCUGAGCCUCUGCCUCUCCAGGGCCUCCCUGGUCCUUCGGCCCAUGGCACGUCUGGCUUCUUCUGCCCCAUCACGACUUCAGCCUCGGGGCAGCUCCACCUCAGAGGAGCUCCUCUCUCUGGAGCAUAAGUAUGGGGCACCCAUUUACCAGCCGGUCCCUGUCAUCCUGGAUAGGGGUGAAGGUGUGUUUGUGUGGGACAUGGAUGGACACCAGUACUAUGACUUCCUGAGCGCCUGCAGCUCCCUGAACCACGGCCAUAGACACCCACGCAUCCUGGAGGCUCUGCACACUCAGACGUCCAAGCUCACCCAGACCUCCAGGGCCUUCCACCACAGCCUCCUGGGCCUGUACCAAGAGUACAUCUGCUCUGUGUUUGGCUACGACAAGGUCCUGCCCACUAACACUGGGACAGAAGGAGGAGAGACGGCCUGUAAACUGGCACGCAGCUGGGCCUACAAGGUGAAGGGGGUCCCCAAAUAUCAAGCCAAAAUAAUAUUUGCACGUGAAGUAAGCCAAGUGGAGAGUCCACAGCUUCAUGUGGUGUUAGCCAUGUUUGGGAGGGGUGUCUGGAGAAUCAAAGGUGAAUAA